ACAGAAUCGUUUCACCAAGACAAUUGGCACUUUAAGUAAAUUCGAGAGCAAAUUUUCCGGUCGUGCAUCCAAAUGUGUCUGAUGUCGCACGAUUGUGUGCAUCCAGAUAAUUAAAAUAAUCAUUUUACGGUAGAAAUCCCUUCAGAAUUGCACUUUCGAACUGCACAGAACGAGCAGAGAAACUUCAGUUCUUGUGCGAGAAUGACAGGAAAAGCCUCGUCCGAUUUUGGUUUGUACAAAGAGGAAAAUGACAAACGUAAAAGUGGUGUUAUUAAGAUUUUCCUUAUUAUUGGUGUUGUAGUGUUCAUUGUAUUUCUGAGUCUUUAUGCAAUAGUGAGGUUGAUAAACAGUUCAGAAAAUACAAAAGCUGAGGAAAUAGUGGCGGAAAAAUUAUACUACGCUGAAUCGAAAAAACGCGAAUCAAUAGAAGAUCCAUCCCCGUUCCGACCUAAACUAAUCGGUCCUCCACCUCAUCAUUUCACCACUACAACAGAAAAAGUUACUACAUUAAACUACCCCCAGUUAACGAACUACCGAAACAAAUACUAUCCGAAAAACAUCCAAGACAUCAUAGGUUACGUGAACCGUCCGAGAAGAACGAGGAAACAUAAGAUCAAAGAGCCGAGUCAAAGUCAAAGUCAGACCAGUUACAACCUGACGAUGUUGGGUAGCGCCUUUUCGACCGGCGAUCCAUUUUAUUCGUACAAACCACAGGACCCGAGCGACAUUAAUUUACUCGCCACCGCCAGUUUUCGAUUCGCACCGCCCGUUUGGAGUGCAAGGCCCAAAUUGUUGAAACAACCCCAGCCCAGUUUGGCGGAGAAGUCCAACUCCAACAUACACGAGACCUACGAUCCAACCAAACCCGUGUCUAUUGUAUUAAAUAUUUAUCCGAUGAACAACGAAGUUUUUGAAGUUUUGAACAGGAUCGGUUACAAAAAUGGGAUGAAAUUAACUGGGGGUGAUCCGAGGAAUGGAGGAAUGAUGAAUUUGCAAAUGAAUCUUUAUCCCAAUUCUGUGGAUAAUGAAAAAAACAAUUAUUGAAGGAAUUUAUAAAGUUUUUUUGUUAAAUAAUAAAUGUGUGGAAUAUUAUUUUAAUUUAAAUAAAUGUUGUUGACAAAGUUUUGAUAUUUUCUUUUUAAAAAUGUAUUUACGAAUA